GGUAACAAUUUUAAAAGGAAUAUACUUAAAAGAGAUUAAAAGUUUUCCAUAUUUUUGCUAGAAUUAUUUCAAAUUUUACCGCCAUGUAAAAUUACAUAACAUCUUACAUUAACCAGGCGCCAUCUAUUGGACGGUAGAAUCCAACCCUUAGUUGCGAAAUAUCCUUAACAUAUCCUUUAGAGAUGAGAAAAUUAUUCUAUCGAAUCCUGGAAACACUCCCAUUCUUUAUUGUUUACCUAGGAAGUCCAUCGCUGACUUUGAAAAGGACAUAAACCAAAAUAAACGAAAAUGCCGCAACUUCCACUCUUGGGCCUUGUCUGUUUCAUUAUCCUGCCACAAUAUUUUGCCUUUGGUUACAAGGAAAUACAUGGAUUAAAUGGCAAGAUGUUCCCAAAGGCAGCCACUUUUAAUUUUCCGGAGUAUGCCUAUAAGGAGACCAGCAAAAAUGAAAUUACAUACCACGAAAUGGAGGUUGAAUGCGAUCAUCAUGUCCAGUGUGCCAACAUUAGCCCAGUGGGAGUGGCCAAGAUCAACUGCAUUCGGAAAUGUAUUUCGCCAUCCUGCUACCAGGACAUUUACGCGUUUAACGAGCUCGAGGAGGGCGAGAUUGAUGUCAGGCUCAACUCCUUCAAAGGAUGCGUCAUACAGCGCAUGUAGCAACGACCGCAGCUGUUCAGGGAGUACUUUCUAUUUAAAUGGUUGGAAUUUAUUGGAUUUCCUUCUUGAACAGACUCUUGAAUAUGUUGUAAAAAA